AUGCCGUUCGUCAAGUCUGCCCCCGAUGGAAUCGCCAGCGGUUUCGAUCGCAUUGCAACUGCAGAUAUUGAACGGAUACUACAGCAAUUAACUCCAGACGAGAAGGUUGCACUUCUAACCGGGGAGGAUUUCUGGCACACAGUCCCCAUUCCACGACUAGGGGUCCCAUCGAUCCGGCUCUCGGACGGUCCGAACGGCUUACGAGGAACAAAGUUUUUUGGCAGCGUACCGUCCGCAUGCCUUCCUUGUGGGACAGCCAUUGGCGCGACGUUUGAUCGUGACCUAGCCGUGACGAUUGGCCAUCUGCUGGCGGCAGAAGCGAAGGCCAAAGGUGCCCAUGUGGUCUUGGGCCCAACUAUCAACAUCCCGCGUGGCCCGCUGGGUGGAAGAGGCUUUGAGUCGUUUUCAGAAGAUCCGCUCCUUUCGGGUAUGAUAGCCGGCAAUUACUGUAAAGGCUUGAAGGAGAGAAACAUCGUUGCGACCCUGAAGCAUUUCGUGUGCAAUGAUCAGGAGCAUGAGCGCAUGGCGGUAAACUCACUCGUCACCGAGCGUGCACUUAGGGAGAUAUAUCUACUCCCGUUCAUGACUGCCAUUGCUAUAGGUGAGCCUGAUGCUAUCAUGACGGCAUACAACAAGGUGAAUGGUAUCCAUGCUGCAGAAAGCUCCAGGCUUCUUCAGGAUAUUCUCCGGGGAGAAUGGGGCUGGGAUGGACUAUUGAUGAGUGACUGCUGGUCUCGACCUGGAAAUGCCCGGUCCAACGCGUUGCGCGGCAGUGCUCUCACACAUGCCAUUGCAGCCAAUAAGGUAUCCAUGGCCACCGUCAACGCGCGCGUUCGGGCUGUCCUGAAACUGGUACAGAAGGCCAGUCGAUCGGGAAUUCCUGAACGAGCCCCAGAGGGUCAUUUGAAUCGGGAAGAGGACAGGCGCCUGUUAAGAAAGGUUGCUUCAGAGGCCAUCGUCCUCAUGAAGAACGAGGAGGGCAUUCUCCCACUAAACAAGCGGAGGCGAGUUGCAGUCAUCGGUCCAAAUGCUCAGGUGGCAACCUACUGUGGCGGCGGCAGUGCGGCGCUGAAUCCUUACGAUGCCGUUACACCAUUCGACGGCAUCACCAAUGCCGCAUUGGAGGGCGUGGACUUUUCCCAGGGGGUCUAUGGCCAUCAGAACCUUCCAUUACUAGGCAAGCGUCUUCGCACCCCAGAUGGCCACGCGGGUUUUUUCCUGAGAAUCUUCAACGAUCCACCUACCGCAACAACCAGAGUGCCCAUAGAAGAACGUCAUGAAACAGACGCCAUGGUAUUUUUCCUCGACUACAGCCACCCUGAUCUGCAAUCAAUUUGGUAUGCGGACGCAGAAGGAUAUUUCACCCCAGACGAGUCAGGACUUUACGACUUCGGUUUGUGUGUCCAAGGUACGGGGAAGCUUUAUGUGGAUGGACACCUACUCGUCAAUAAUGCCGACGUACAGACGCCUGGGUCAAGCUUUCUGGGUUGCGGUACCAUCGAGGAAAGAGGGUCUCUUCAUCUAGAGGCCGGAAGGGAGUAUAGAAUCCAGGUUCAAUGGGGAUGUGCCAAAACGGGCAAGUUCAAGGUUCCAGGCGUUGUUGAUUUUGGACACGGAGGGUUCCGAUUCGGCGCCUGCAAGAGGCUUUCACCAGCUGAAGGGAUUGAGGAAGCCGCCAAGCUAGCUGCUCACGCCGAUCAAGUUAUUUUGACGGCUGGUCUGAGUGCAGAAUGGGAGUCAGAAGGUGAAGAUCGGACGACCAUGAGUCUCCCCCCUCAUACAGAUCAAUUAAUCGAACGGGUUCUGGCCGCCAACCCAAACACAGUCAUCGUGCUACAGAGUGGAACCCCGGUCGAGAUGCCCUGGAUUGACCAGGCUAAAGCAGUAGUGCAUGCGUGGUAUGGAGGAAACGAAACAGGAAAUGCCAUCGCCGACGUCAUUUUCGGCGAUGUGAACCCAUCCGGAAAACUUCCUCUUACCUUUCCUCGUCGCCUCAAGGACAAUCCAACAUACUUCAACUACCGUUCAGAAGGCGGAAGGGUUCUGUACGGGGAGGACGUAUAUGUUGGCUACAGAUUCUACGACGAGGCUGGCGUGGACCCGCUGUUUCCGUUCGGUCACGGUCUCUCCUAUACUACUUUUGAACUAUCUGGCCUGGAGCUGACAAAGGGGUCCAGCCAUGAUAUGAAAGUGAAAUGCACGGUGCGGAACACGGGCCAGAGGGCUGGGGCUGAGGUGAUUCAGCUUUACGUGGCGCCGGUCUCACCCCCAAUCAAACGACCCCUCAAAGAAUUGAAGGAGUUUCGCAAAGUGUGGCUAGAAGAAUCUGCUCAAGAGGUUAUCACUAUCCCAUUGGAUUUGGUCCGUGCGACGAGCUUCUGGGAUGAAACAAGUAGCAGUUGGUGUAGUUACCAGGGAGCCUAUCGAAUCAUGGUAGGCACCAGCAGUCGGGGUAACUUCUUGGAAGGCUCCGUAGAGCUCGGUGAGACGACCUUCUGGUCAGGGAAUUGA